UUUGAGAUGGUGGAGUGUUGGAAUUGACUCAUCUGGUCAUGGGAACCAUUUGAAAUUUCAAGAAAUUCACAAAAAUGGACAAGUCCUAAGGCUGAUAUUUUUUGGAGGCGAUGGAAUGACAUUUUUUUCAUUUUAAUUAGACACACGAGUCUUUCCAUUAGUCAUCAAACCGGCAUCUACUGCUAAAAUAAUCGUUUUUGAAUUUGAAUGGCGGCUUCAAAAAUUGAUCGUUCAUAACAAGAAAGUCAGCUUAAGUCGACCAAUUAAUUUGCUUCGAUGGCUAAUGAAUCGCGGCUUAAAUGUAAAUCAGCUUACAUCUCUGGACCAAAUAUUACAUCGGUCAAUGAAAAAAUAUUCAAAAAGAAAAUAAUUUUUUGGGUCGAAUAAACUAAGUUUCUCUAAAAUUUAGCCGAUCAAUAUUAUAGUCCAGUUCUAGAUUUUCUUAGUCGAGCCGGAUAGGCGCCGAUUCCAAAACGUGAUUAACCCAUUCCAAAAUAUUGUUUCAUGUUUUAUUGUAAAAUCUCAUCAUAUUCUCACAAAAAAGUGCUUAAAAAAUUAAGAAUAUUUGAGAAAAUAUAUGAGGAAACGAAUUUUUGAUCGGUUGAGCAACCUACAACAUGGGAUAGUCUAGUAUUUUCGGAAAUGCUAGUCGAUAUUAAUUUUCAGUUCGCGAAAUCGAUGCAUCGAGAACACUUCUUAACCAUGACUCGAGACUCCCGGCUUAAAUUUACGAAAAAAAAGUUGAAAUCGACUAUUAUCGAGUGAUAUUAAUCAUUCGACUUUGUUCCGAUUUUCUGAAUAAGAAACCUCCUCAGAUCAGUCUCGUUCAGACGACUUGAAGCUGAAGUAUUUUUAUUAUAAGUAAACGUAUGCUUUCAAGUGAUAUAAAUCUUACAAUAGGGUUUUCUUUGCGACUCCUUGGUAGUCAGAGGUAAUACCUAACCCACUGAGUAAUGGAAUUCAAGUUCUCCUCUCAGAUUGAGCCUAGAGAAAAAUAUCUUGUUCUGCAAAUUGUUAUUAAUUUAAAUCUUAUUUCGCCAUACUUUUUCCCGUGAGUAUUCACUUUAAAUGAAUAGAAUACGUCCUACAAUCAGUAGAUCAAUUAGGCGUAAUUAUAUAAAAAAAAACUGUAUUGAUUUUUUCCUGGAUCUAACCGCGUUGUCAUCACUUCUGGUAAUGAUCGAUUGUUCAUUUUCAUUCCUUUUUCUCCACUUCUGUCAUACAUAUACAUCUACUACUGAAUCCACUGAACGCGAAUUUAGCCUUCGUAACUUCCGUGAGCAACCACUUGCAACUUAUUUAACACUAGAUUUACCAGACCAGUCAUUUUGACUGGUCGUGCAAUUUCAAUUUAAAAUUCCUACGACAUAUUACAUUUGCUUUCCGAAAUGAUGUUAUGACUUUUGUAGCUAUAAGUAGAAAAAACAUUUUAUAAACUUAAUGUUACUUAAUAUUUAUUACUAACAAAUAUAUUUUUUUGUUAUUGACAUUUAAACCAGUACCAGUCAAACUGACUGGUGCAUGUUUCUAUGAAGAAAUGUAUGAGAGCGUUUUAAUUUCAACAUAUUUUGACAGCAAUUGUCAGCCCCUGAAAAUGUUCUGCAUAUUUAGAAAAUGCAACCAGCAUACCUCUGGAAUGUUCAGAUGUGGAAAGUGAAUUAUACGACAGCGGCGAUGAUUUGUUAGAUAGAAAAAUUGAUUCUCAAGGAAGUGAUGAUAACAGUGCUAUUAUCGAGAGUAGUGAUGAGGAAAUUCCUGAUGAUGACAAUAUAGAUGAGCCAAGCGACAGUGGUUGCGUAAAAAUUCCAAUCAAGCGUACCAAAUCAGCAAACUGAAAUUGCUUUAGACGGAACUAUUUGAACGAGAAUUGAAGAAGGAGGUGUUGCUGGUAGAUUACUAGUUCAUAGUAAUUUCAAAGAUGUACACGGUCCAACAGCACAUGCUGAAAGAAAUAUUAUGAACGGGAAUCUAAGUAGUGCGUUCCAAUUACUGAUUGAUAACCAUAUUUUGGAACAUAUACGAAUUUGUACAGAGUUAGAAGCCUCUCGAGUUUUGGAAAAAAGUGGACAAUUACACAAGAAAAAUUGAAGGCAUCUCUUGCAAUAUUGUGCGCGCGUGGGGCGUACGAAGGAAAUAGCUUCAAACAGGGGAUGAACUUAUAUUACCGGGGAUAAGCAACUUUUUCCAUCGGAGGCCAGAUGCAGAUUUACUCAGUAUUUUCCAAACAAACCCCAUAAAUUUAGCAUAAAAUUCUAAUUGGCGUCUGAUGUAGAGACGAAAUAUGUGAUAAAUGGCUUUCCUUAUUUAGGAAAAAGCGAGACUCGAAAUGCAUCAAUCCCCCUAUGCAAAUUUGUCGUAAUGAAAUUUCUUGAACCGUAUACCAUGAAGGAGCGUAAAACUGAUAUUUUUUACAAGUAUUCCUUUGGCGUUAAAAUUAAGAUCUCAAAAUACUUCGUUGCUUGGAACGAUACGCGCUUCUAUUGGCAACCAGACAUAUUUUGGCGUCGAUGUCACUGAUCGAAUGGAAAUCAGGUUCCAGAAGGUGACCACUUCAACUGUUUUUCAAUAAUUUAGUUUCAGCCGGAAGAAAUAGCUGGAUAUUGAACAAAACAUAACAGGAGAAAAUAUCUCACGAGAAGACUUUCUGUUUCAAUUAGCAAAAGAACUUGCUUCAGAAUAUCAGACUUCAAGGCAAAUACCACACGAAGCUGAUAUACCAACUACAAAUGGCACUGUUUCUGUACGCAAAUGGUGUCAAAUAGAAUAUUUUAAUAACAAUAAGACUACAAAUAUUUGCAAUAAAUGCAAAAAAAGUCUAUGUAGAAAGUGUAUACACUGCAAAAUCUAUUGUGAGCAACAAACUGUAAACAAUUAAGUGUUUUGUUAUUUGACAAUGUCUAUUAGUCCAUUUAUCUAUCACAAUUAAUAUUGUUCAACUUAUUUUCGCCAUUUGAUAAGUAAUAGUACAGACUGGAACCACAAUAUUCAUUUUUUCUUAUACACCAGUCAUUUUGACUGGUGCUGGUAGAAAUAGGUAUAUAUAAAUAGCUGGUAAAUCUAGUGUUAACACGGGGUCGUUUCCAUACUAGGCGGUACAGGAUAGUCCCGAUCUUCUGAACAGACUUGAAUGAACUAAAAACAUCCGUAGCCGAUCGAGUCAACUAGAAAAAUAAGCUAGCGGCGGUCGCCGUUGGCCCCAUUUUUCUUGUUGAAAAAAACCGGCGUCGACAUUUUCAAAUAUGGCGUCGACCGCCGAAAUUUUUGACGACAGAAGUGUCUGUCUCCUGGUCUGCUAUACAUUUUCUGUAGGCGUUAAGAUCAACACUGAAAAAUAUUUCGACAUAAAAAAGCGCAAAAUAAAAAAAAUACUAAGUCAGCGCUAUUAUCUUAAGUCACCAAAGUGAAGUUGUGUACUCUAGCUUCUUCUUCUUCUUGGAUGGCACUACCGUUCCAGUGAAACUUUUGCCUUCUCAACGCAGCAUUACUUGCGUCAUUUUUAUUAGUAGUGCUUGGUUGAGAUUUCUAUGCCGAAUAACACGCCUUGAAUGUACUCUGGAGGGGCAAGCUCUAGAAUACGCGUGACCACAGUGCAAGCCGGAAGAAUUUUCUUUCACGAAAAAUCCCCCGACCAGAACGGGAAUCGAACCCGAACCCCCGGCAUGAUAGUGUGGGACGCUAACCACUCGGCCACGGGAGCACGUACUCUAGCGCCGAAUCGUAAUGAAAAUAUUCGGUGGCGGAGUUGCGCCGUGGCGAAUUUUCGUUCGGCAAUGAAACGAUUGCGAUGAGUUGUGAUGAUAUUGAAAGUGGAAUACAGCUGGAAUCCGACGAAUGCAUGGAAAUUGAGGUAGGUUCAGUUUGUAUUAAUCUAUGACUUCAGUAAAAAUUUUAUUACGACAAAAUUAAUUCAUAAUAAAAAUUGCGCUUUUUUCUGUGUGGCAUUCAUACCCCUGAGUUCACUUUUUAAAAACAUGAAUAGAAACUAUUGCUACAUGUUCUUUAAAUGUAUUAUUAAAAGAGCUUCUGAAUGUUUCCACCAGAACCCAAUGAUAAAUGGGUCUGAAAAGUUGAACGAAUUGGUAUGAAAAUAUGGAGAAAUUUGCGUUAGUGAUACUAAAGCCUAUGAUCAUAACGCGAAAUCCAACAGUCACAUAAUUUCCGUUGUUUCCUAUUAUAAGAAGAGAUGUCGACCAGGAAUAUCAUUUCAUAAUCAAAAGGGAUGAAACACGGUACGUGGAAUGGAUUCAACGGAUAAAAAUUGAAAAUCAUCCGGCUAAGCAGUUUAAAUUUCAGCAUGUCGAUAUUCUACUAAGUAAUUAUCAUCAAUUUUCACGUAUUAUUUUUUUCAGAAACAAAACGUUUAACUAAACUAUUAAUUUGUAUGGCUCGAACCUUGGCGAUGGUAAUUGAGGACAGGUUAAAAACUCUCAAGCCAUUAUUGUUCACCUGUUCAACACAAACGAGCAGCAAUUCAUUUAAUCCUCGACGACCAAACGAUUUUCUCCGGCAGCGAAAUUGAAAAUAUCGACAGAUCAAGAAAUCAUGUCUAUAUAUUUUUUAUCUGCUUCUAUAGAAAUUUCCCACCCUAAUUAAAAUAAACAUUAGAGAAAAUCAAUUUGAGUAUUUUAUGCGUCUGAAUAAACCACAAAAACGUAAACAUCGAUUAAAUUUUCUUCUACGCUUCAUCUGAUUCGCUACUCAAAAGUGUCGUUUGACUGACCGAUGAAAAAACACUUUCGUACGAAAACGAGGAUAGGGCAAUUCGUUCGAACGAACGAUGUUCGAAUGUUCGAACGGAUAGAUUUCUUUCGUACGAAACCAAGGAUACGAAUGAGGCAUUCUUUCGAACGUUUUGUGUUCGUUCGAAAACAAGAAUAAGGGUGUUUAUUUUUUUGGUUCGUUAAGUUAGUGUAUAGAAUAAUAUUAGGUGAUUAAUAGCAGUAAUAGACGAUAAUAUCUACUGUUUGCGCCACGCGGAGCGAGCGCAUACGUGUUGCGACAUGACCUGUCAUUCCAUUGCAUCACCCAGAGACGUGCGAAAGUGAGAUGAAAGCAGUAUCAACACAACAAACGAAUAUCACCCGAGCUAUCCGAGCGAAGCCGACAGGACAAAUACCCCACCAGAGCAGAACAUGAUCCAUUCCACGACGAUCCAUUUCGUUUGGAACACUAAUUUUCCGUACACCAGCCGAAACAAUUUCUAUCCUUUUCAUUCAAUCGCAUCACCGAGAGACGUGCGAAAGUGAGAUGAAAGCAGUAUCAACACAACAAACGAAUAUCACCCGAGCUAUCCGAGCGAAGCCGACAGGACAAAUACCCCACCAGAGCAGAACAUGAUCCAUUCCACGACGAUCCAUUUCGUUUGGAACACUAAUUUUCCGUACACCAGCCGAAACAAUUUCUAUCCUUUUCAUUCAAUCGCAUCACCGAGAGACGUGCGAAAGUGAGAUGAAAGCAGUAUCAACACAACAAACUAAUAUCACCCGAGCUAACCGAGCGAAGCCGACAGGACAAACACCCCACCAAUUUCAGGGAGUAUAAAAGUAGCAGAGCAGCAUAUGAUCCAUCUUUAUAAGUUUUUAUUCACCACGUGUAUUUAGAAACCAUUAGAGAAAGUUAUAGUGAAAAUUUGGACUUUGAAAACUAGUGUCGUUUUUUCCUACAGUAAAUUUAGUCAGACCCUUUCCAACCGGAGUACUAUAAGGAUUGAGAAAUGUGUACUGUGAAGAUGGCAUCCUCUUAUAAAAUUAAUUUAGAGAUGUGUUUAGAAGCGGUUAACAGUUUAAUUUCAACCAAGUGCCUAGAAUAUGAUUUCAAGUUAAAUUUUAAGAACAUGCAAGUAAUUUUGGAGCGUAUGGGAUUAGAUAAAACGAACUAUCCUAGUAUGAAGGUAAUCAAAAGCCUUCUAAUGAAACAUCGAAAAUCCGUAAAACGGUUUGCUCCUGAGAUUACUUUGCAGAAUUGUUGGGAUGCAGCGAAUGAUUUGAUCGCUAGAGAAGAGUUGGAUGAGCUAUUCGAAUUGAAUUCUAAGAAUCUGAAAGAAAUUCUUGUAGAAAUGGGAUUAAACGAAAAAUGCGCACCUAACUUAAAAAAAGUUAGGAAUAACUUCGCUUGUAAUCCAACAUAUAAGAAGUAUCGUGCAGAACGAAAGGUGAGAACCCUUAUAAUUGUUAUAAGCUUCCUGAAAUUAAUAAAACUAUUUUGAAAUUUUCAAUGUGAAAUCAUUUCCGCAGAAUAUUGAACAUUCAAUUGCCGCUGAAAGUCAUAACGUAAGUGUAAAAUAUCAAAUUGCUUUGAAAUAGUCACGCCAUACAGUAACUUCAAAUUUUUAUAGAUCGAUAAUUUCAAAGAAUGUUCUUUUGAGAAUGAAAGUGCCUGCUUGCCACAAGACUGCGUUGGAGUUCAUGAAGUAAGAUGACAUUUCUAUUUAUUAAUUCAUGUAUUAAUAGUUGUUAUUUAGCAGCUUUUAUUAAAUAAAACAGAUCAUAUGUCCGAAACAAACUCAUCUCCUUCACGUGUCGAAACAAGAACAUUAUCAUUUGUAUCAUUUGACACAAACGAUUUCGAGGAAUUGGCCGACUCUCAAAGUACUACUUUUGACGGCGUUGAUAAUACGGGAAAAGAUAACGAACAACCUCCAUUCGGAUUUUUAUUGAAAGGAACAGAUUUAUCGCGUGUCGAAAUAAAAUCAUUAUCCGUCGAGUUUCCUGCAAAAGUAUGUAAGAAAGGAAUGGAACUUAAUGCUCCAGAAAUUGAAUGUCGCAUUUUUGAAACAUCAGUAAGUCAAAUGCAAGAGAGAUCAACGAACGACAUGCAAGACUCGAUUGUUUCAUUUGAUACCAAUGAUCUUGAAGGAUCGACCAAAUCACAAGAUACUACUUAUAGCAGUGAUGUAGAUGUAACUGAACUUGUGUUCAAUACAACGGACUUUGAAAACCUACGAAAAGAGAUAAAAGAAAAAGGCAACAGUAACAGGAUCAAAUACAAUGUCAAGGUUGCGGAAUGUGGGGCAACUGCCACAAAAAGACUUUAUAGUGGUGCUUCAAUUUACGAGUGUUCUUUUUACAUCAACAAGAAGAACAUUGAAAUGUGUAAACAUUAUGAUCAACAUAAUAUAAUGCAAAGCAAAACCAAGGUUGGCGAUGCUAAAUAUAAGCAACAAAAGCAUAGAAGGCCUUUUAUAGUGGCCUUAGAAGAUUUGUUAAAAAUCAAAUAUGAAGAAUUCAAUAUCUAUUGUAUAAUCAAUAUAAAUUCUCAUAAUUGCAACAAAUCUGGCUGGCUAUUUUAUGGUGUCUGCGCUCACAAGACCUGCAGAUCUUAUCGUUUCAAAAUUGUUUCUGUUACGGAUGGUGAUAACAUAUAUAAAGUCGAUGUCUAUGUUAAUGUCGCUAUGACCCUGAUACACGGGGAAAACCUGAAAGCGGCAUAUUGCAAAGGAGUAAAAAGAAACAUAAAUAUGAAAAAACUGCAGCUCCAAAAACCACUUGAAUUACGAACUAAGUUGAUCAACGAAAAGAAAAAAAGGGAACCAUUCGAGAAGGUAGACAUUGUCAGCAAAAAUGUAUUGAAAAAAAUUAGCAGUGAAGCUAAAUCGAAGCUUAACAGGGAUAUUGAUGAUUUUCAAGAUUUGAUAAAAAUGUCUGAGGAUAACGGAUCUUAUAUCAAAAAUGUGUUUAGAAAGCCCUUUGGUGUAAUUUGUUUUAAUACAAAAAUGUUCAAAGAGCUGAGAAAAAACAAGACUUACAGUCCUAUUUUCUACAUGGAUGGUACUGGAUCGGUUGUACGAUAUUCAAAAGCUGAGAAGCGUGUUCAAAUAUAUGUUUUGGUCGCAUACAAUUACCGGUCAAAUUUUAGUGUACCCGUAACAACCUUUGUGACUGAAAGCCAAAAAACAGUAGACUUCCACAAUUGGUUGAAUAUAUUUCGUGCUUCGUACGAGUCAGGCAGCUCUAUGAAUAAAUUGAAUAAAAUAGCGAGAAUUGUUAGUGUUGAUUGGAGCUGGUCACUGAUUGGUGGAUUGAUACGGGCUCUUAAUAAUCAACACCAUACACUACCAGAGUAUAUCCGAGAUUGUUAUAAAGUUUGCAUAAGAGAACUCAAUCUCAAUUUCACUAUCAUUCAUUUAUGCUACAGUCAUUUCAUGAAUGUAGUUUCUAAGGACUUGAAAUCUGCUCCAAUCAACAUAAAACAUAAGUUCAUGGACUGUAUGCGAUUGGCUGUACGUGCUACAAACUUAGUGGACUUAAUCGAUCUGUUUAUCAUUAUGACAUGCAUUUUUGGAUCUGCAAAUGAGAACCGAAUGCUUGAGACAUCACUAAAAGAACUAGAUGCAAAAAUUAAUGAUAGAACAAGCUUCGAUUCAGAAAGCGCUGGUAAAUUUGAUUAUACUGGCAUCGGUGAACCAGAAAUUCUAAAAAAAGAUGAGGACAAAAUCUUCUUGGGAUCGCCUUUUUAUGCGUUGUUAAAAGAAACAUUUGAAACAACAUUAAAACAAAUAGAUGAUCUCAGCCAAGGAUCACAGAACCCACUGUAUUUCAAAGGAUUCUUGGAAGAUGUCGCCUUGAAAAAAUACAUGCCUGUGGUUUGUUUGUGGUCAAAUAUAAUAGUAUCUCAAAUUGACUCGAAUCCGGAUACUAUUUCAAACGCAAGGGUUGAAAGCUUCUUCCGAACAUUGAAACACAAUGUUAUGAAAGGUCAGCUCUACGAAAGAAUAACACAUUUUCUUCGAAAACUACAAUCGUAUAUUGAAUCUCUGUUCCACUUUUCCGACUUUGACAUUGAAGAUAUAUACGCUACUGAUAAAGGAAUAAGUAAUGCUAAAAAACGUCAAGAUGAUAGAAUCGCAGAAUAUGACAGAUUUGUCGGAAACGUAGAAGACAUAGAGGACGAAUGGCAUAGUCCAUACUUUCAAAAAGAUGCUUCAACCCACUUGUUCAAGAAGAAAAAGAAGCAGGAAACUAACAGCUUAAACACACAACUUGAACAAUCAACACAGAAGCACCCAGAUUCAAAGGAAAACAGUGAUAACAACAGAAAAAGAUCAUUAGAAGAAGAUUUAGAAACUACCUGUAAUCUGUCCUCUAUUCAUCAUUUCAUUGACAAAGGAUUUGAAUUUCCAGUUACCACCAAAUGGUAUUUCGGUGAGUUUCCUUCAGAAUAUGAGAGCAUAGGAGUAAGUAGUAUGAUUGUAAGCUCAGAAAUGCUUCAAACGCUCGAUGCACAUACAUAUAUGGAUGGAGAAACCUUAGAUGCGAUAAUUGCAGUGGCCAUAAAAGAAUGUGAGGUCGAAAGCGUAAAAUUGGUAUCAACUUACAUGUCGAGAAACUUGUUUGAUACAACUCAACUAAAAGAAGUAUUGGAUAGGAAACGAGAUUAUGUUUUACCAGUUCUAACCAAUACAUCGGGAGUAUGGGUGGUUCCUUUGAAUGUUAGAGCUGGGCAAGCACCCACCAAGCAAGUUGGAAGAGGGAACCAUUGGGUUCUCUUCAUUGCUGAUUUUAUGAAUAGAGAAACUUUUUAUUUAGAUCCUCUCGAAACAGCAUCCCCAUAUUUGAAGGACGUACAAGAAGAAUUUUUGAAGGCAGUAAGCUCUAUUCGGAGACUUAAAAAUCAACCAUUUGAUUCAACCAAUUGGCAAAGCGGCUCGAAAAAUAUUGCGCACGACAAGCAAAACGACGACUACAACUGUGGUGUAUAUGUAGCUAAAUAUGCACAAAACUUUCUUUUGAAGAAACCGUUGACCGGGCUAGGAAACAUGGAUUCUGAGAGGAAACAAAUCAAAAUAAAACUCCUAAAUACAGCAGUAAUAAAAAUUUGUUUAUACUGCAGCAGCUUGAAAUCACUAAUUUUGUCAUGUCAAUCAUGUGGACGGAGGUGUUGCAGUAGAUGCGCCCCAAAUAUGGUGCUAAAAAUUCCAUCUACAAAACAAUGUGAAAUAUGUUCGAAAAUUAAAAUGAUAUAAUUUUUAAGUCUCAUCAAUAAAUUUUUAUAUUACCUUUUAACUUGAAGUAUUUUUAUUUGUCCAGUUUGAGUCCUUUCAGAAACGAGAUAGAAUCCUGUCGUCUAAGUCAAAAAUGAAAAAAUUGUCAUUCCAUCGGCUACAAAAAAUAGUUGCCAUAAACCUCAACCAUUCGCGUGGAUUUUUUUUUAAAUUUUAAAUGGUUCCUAUGAUCAGAUAGGUCAAUUCCAACACUC